UGCCACGCCACGGAGGUCGCGCACACGCCAGCUUGGGGGAGAGCGCGCCCACGCGGACCCGAUGGCCGGACAGGUCAUCACGAGCGAGCUGAGCCGAUGACAUCAUAGAGCCCGCGCUGCGCUCGGACGGGGGGGACGGCGGAGACCCAGCGGUGAUGGAGAGGCGCCUGUCCGGUGAAGCGAAGUUUUUACGCACAGCCGCAGACUCCGUGGCAUCACUCCGGCGACACAAUUUCAACAAAUGAAUCAAUGCGCUGUCCGGCAGAUUAAUUAUUAUGUAAGGCGCAGGCUCGAACUCAUGGAGCCGUGCGCAUAUGAGCAAGAAACUAAUCCUUCAUGCCGUGGUCGUAGUAGAGUUAUUCCGGCGUCUGUGUCCGGGCUGCGCAGUCACAUGCACGACCAGCGUCGUACUCGUGCCACCCAUGAGCCACAGUGAGGACUAAAUGACAGUUUGGACCGGAGGCAUGUUGAGCACAGAGGAUCCUAUGGACUACAUAUCAUUGCGCACGUCAGCGACUACUGGUUCCGUUGCAGUCCGGGUGGUGACUCCACUUCUCUCCUCGCGGCAACAGCUGGCUGCCAGCUCACAAAAUCCAUGAUGUCCUGCACUGUAGCUGGAAACACAAGAACUUUGGCCUCUGUGUCUGGGAGCCCUGUAGCCAACAGUCACUGCUACUUUCUUCCAAUAGGACUACUUAAGACUCAGCCUCAAGCCCUAAACAAUCAAUGAUGGACAGGGAAAAACUAGGAGGCUGAGAGGUGGCCUUAGUCCCAAACCAUAUGAAAAUAUUCCCAACCAUAACAUUUUCCUUUCAGAAGUCAACUUUUGCCAUAUAAAAAAAUGCCUUUGAAUAUUAGAGCCAAGCCCUCACAGAGCAGGCUGUCUGCUGGCCCAAAGACUGCUGGGCAGACUGAGGCCAGCGCAUCUCAUUCACGCUUCUCGAGAUCCCCCAAACAGGGGAAAGGCAAACAGGCUACGAUCUCAACACCAGGCUGCCGCUCAGGGCUAGAGCCUGGAUCUGUGUCAGGAGGUGGGCCUGCACCAGCACCUAAACCUGCAGGAGGUCAACGGUUGGUGGCGAGGCCUGGUUCAAAGAGCAAACCUGCCAUAGUAGCAGACAAAGAAGCAGCUCGUGGUUCAGCGACAGCACCAGGUGGUAAAACCCUGUCUAUGGAGAAUAUCCAGUCCUUGAGUGCUGCCUAUGCCACCUCAGGCACCAUGUAUCCCAGUGAGCGGGACUCCUUGGAACCCCCUGGUGGGUAUCCCAAAGGUACCAUGACGCUCGGCAGGAGCACCAGCCGCUCCUCCUACACUGCUCGGAUGACAGGCAUGGGCAGCAGCCCAAACAUCACCUCCUCUGGGCUGCAUCAGCCGUCAGACCAGUACGGAGACCACACCUUGCUUCCCACAGGGACGGCCAGUCUGCGGCGCCAGUCUGGGAGACAUCUGGAUUCUGCUGGACGGGGAGAGGCUUCCUCAUUUGAUCUCCAGAAUCAGCUGAGGGAGCUGCAGAGGGAGAACGACAACCUGAGGCGAGAGAUGGAUGGAGGGAGGGAUGGAAAGACGGGCCCCGGCGUGAACAGCGUCAACUUCUGGAGCCCUGACGUGAAGAGAGACAAGGGGGUGAGGCGGGAUGAGGGGUUGAGGACCGCAGUGCCGAAGGACCAAUACAGGACGAACCAAGAGGAUCCGCAGCAUGGGGAUAUCAGAAGAAACAAGCAGCUUCCGUUGACAGUUCAGGAGCUUCAGGAGGAGCUGAGGGCUCACAGAGAGAUGAACAGUCGAUUGCAGCAACAACGACCGCAGGCAAACUCCGGCUCCUAUCUGGAACUCCACACUGACCAGGACCACAGAGGGGGGCUCAGUCCUGGGCACAGCCCUAGACAAAGCCCUAGCAACCUGCACAGUCCUGCACCGAAGAACAGCCCCAGAGCCAGCCCGUCCAACACCUACAAUCCAAGGCAACAGGAAGCUGAUAUCAUCAUACACAGCCCUGGGUAUGGCUGCAACACAACAGCAGCCUCGCAGAGAAUCAGCCCGGCCAACACCCUUCAGCCCAGGCCAAGGAACAGCCCAAAUCAGCCUCUCUACGGUCCCAGCCAAGGACCAGUGGUAGCGCCCAGCUCCAGUUCCCUUCGGCCCAGCAGCCCCUGCCAGGUGCCUGGGUGUGACGGCUUCUCCUCGCCCCCUCCUGCGGAUCCCUCAGGGGACAAUUUCCUCCGGCUGCAGACGGAGCACGAGCGGCAGGCCAAGGAGCUGUUCCUGUUGAGGAAGACCAUGGAAGAGAUGGAGAUGAGAAUUGACUCUCAGAAGCAGACGCUGGGCGCCAGGGACGAGAGCAUCCAGAGGCUGCUGGAGAUGCUUCAGGGUCAAGGGCAACAGUGGAGUCGGGGGCAGCGAACAGGCAUCAUAACCAUGGCAGCGCAGGAGGCCGAGGCACAGCUGGAGAACAUGCAUGUGAGAGAGGACACCAAAAUCUCAUCCCUGGAGAGGAACAUCAGAGACUUAGAGGAUGAGGUCCAGAUGAUGAAGACCAGCGGCCUGCUGCACCCUGACGACAGGCAGGAUGAGGUCAAGCAUGUGGAGGUCUACAAGAGCCAUUCUAAAUUCAUGAAGACUAAGAUAGAGCAGCAGAAGCAGGAGCUGAACAGGAAGGAGACAGAGAUGCAGACCCUGCAGACCAAACUAGAGACACUGACCAAUCAGAACUCGGACUGCAAGCAACACAUCGAGGUGCUCAAGGAAUCACUCAGCGCCAAGGAGCAACGUGCGAGCACUCUGCAGACAGAGGUAGAUGCUCUGCGGGUGCGUCUGGAGGAGAAGGAGCAGUUGCUGACGAAGAAGACCAAGCAGCUGCAAGACCUGACCGAGGAAAAGAGCACACUGACAGGAGAGAUCAGAGACAUGAAGGACAUGCUGGACGUCAAGGAGAGGAAGGUUAAUGUCCUGCAGAAGAAGAUUGAGAACCUGCUGGAGCAGUUAAAGGAUAAAGACAAACAGCUGGCUGGGUUGAGGGAAAGAGUCCAGGGCCUGCAAACUGACUCCAGUAACACAGACACAGCCCUGACCACACUGGAGGAGGCUUUAUCAGAAAAGGAGCGAGUGAUUGAGAGCCUCCGGGAGCAGAAGGAGCGGGAGGACAGGGUCCGGCUGGAGGAUUCGGAGAAGAUGAGGAGGGAGAACCAGGAGUUAAAGGACAAACUCUCGGCCCUGCAGCCUCCAAAACUGCUGCAGAGCCAGACCACAAACCCCAGCCUGACCCAAAACCAGAGACCUGAUGGAGAGGUGCCAGCCAGAGUAGACGGGCUCCCAGCUGUAAGCCCCACGAAGAUCCAAAUCACAGAAGAGGUCGUCAGGAAGUGUCCGGACAUCACAGAUCGCCUGAGACUGCUGGAGCAGGAAGUGGCCCGUUACAGAGAGGAGUCUGGGAAGUCACAAUCCGAGGUGGAGAGGCUAAUGGCUGCUCUGAGUGAUGCUGAGACGGACAAAUCAUGCAAAGAGAGGAAAAUCUCAGAUCUUGAGAGACCUGGGCAAAUCAAGUCUCCUAACAUCCAGAAGCAGAUGGUUCCCGGUGAGACGAGGAAAGAUCCCUUGACUGAUGGACAUCUGCACUCUUUAUCGCAGCUGGAGGAGCUGAUGGGCGCUUUGGAGAAGACGCGACAAGAGCUGGACGCCACCAAAAUGCGUCUGUCCUCUACGCAGCAGUCCCUGCACGAAAGAGAUGGACACGUCAGCAGUCUGCACCAGGAGAGACGCAAACAGCUAGAGGAAAUUCUGGAGAUGAAGCAGCAGGCUUUGCUGGCAGCCAUCAGUGAGAAGGAUGCUAACAUCGCCCUGCUGGAAUUGUCCUCCUCCAAACGGAAGAAAGCCCAGGACGAGGUGAUGGCUCUGAAGCGGGAGAAAGACAGGCUCAUGCACCAGCUCAAGCAGCAGACUCAGAGCAGAAUGAAGCUGAUAGCAGAUAACUAUGGGGAAGAUCACGUCCACCAACAACACCAUCCUCACCAUGCUCACCACAUGCAUCCGGCAAACGUGCAUCACAGGAGCCUGCCAAGAGGGCCCCCCCAUGCCAACCACCGACCUCCUAUGGACCAGGAUGAUGAAGAAGGAAUAUGGGCGUGAUUACCGCUUCCAUGGGAACCCUGCAUCCAAGUGUUAAUACUGCUUGUGGAGCCGCGCACCAAGAGGUUCAAGAGCUUCAACUGCAAAGAAUACAAAGUCGAGCAGCUCAUACCUCCCCAACAUCACGACCACCAGACAAACACACGCGCUCUCCAGGAAACACCAUUUCAAUUUUAUUGUGGCCACGCCGCAGUGAUCGGUCGGAGAUUUUUCCAUCUCACCGAUGAAUGUUACCUUCACUAACAUGCACAGUGGCCCGCUGAAGACCACGUCCCGCUGUGGGUGAAUGUUCCCCCACCAGAGCAUCAGUCAUCAUUCUGCAGCUUAAAGGUAUUGGCAAGCGGUCCACUGCCUUGAUUUUCCUAGCUGUUUCCAAUAGACUAGGAACUGGAUUCAUUUUACAGAACCACGGUGCUACAGAGUUCUGGCUUCACAUCAACCGACAAUAACCACUUUGGACUACUAGUGUGGCUACACUGAGCCCGUGGAACUAGCCGUAAACACGUGUAAAUUCUGGACCGGUUUAUGAUGGCAUGAAUGUGCUUAUACUUCUGCAGCUAUUUUUUUAUUUAUUUACGUAACCUUUAUUUAACCAGGAAGUCCUUUAAGAUUAAAAUCUCCCCUUCCAGGGAGACCUCAAAACUCAAACUUUUGUAAAUAUCACAACACGGACUUCAAAAUCCACAAUCCACAGAGACCUUCUCGAUGUGCCGUGCCAAAGGAGACGUCCCCGUCUGCUGAAACAAAUUACCGAAGCGGGACUGCGUCUGAAUCAUUGGGGCUACCCAGUAAACCGCCGUGGUCUGACUGUCUUCCACUUCCUGUGGAGAGAUCAACAAGAAAAAGGGCAGAUCUGGGCUUGAGGAUGCCCCGCGAAAUGAAGGAACAGUUUGAGGAUCAGUUUACACCUUCUCUAGAAAUCAGGACCUUAAUGAACAGGGGAGGAAACACAGCUGACCUCAAAUCAGCCAGAUUACUGUAAGAACAGCGUGUUUAUACAUUUCUCCUUGUGUUCUCUCAGCCUGCUGUACGUUUGUUUAAUGAACCGAUAUCAUGUUCUGUUUGCUUUUCUACAUCCGAAACAGUUUCGAGUGCCACUCUUCUUCUUCUUCUUCUUCUUCUUCUUCUUUUUUGAAGUUGUAACAGCUGUGUGUGACUUAUCGCACUGAUGAGCGAUGUGUUCUUUUAUUGUCUAUUUAUUGAUCCUGAGUGGCUAAUCUGUUAAUUAUGAAGUGACUUGCACAUCAAAGCACUGUGUCAUUACUUUUUUCACUGCACCGGAGGAGGUGACGAUAAAGAGAGUAUUGUUGUGUUGGAUUGAACUGUUUAACAUUUUCUUUUUUCCAUCUGGCCCUUACCUAGUAUGUACAGUUUUUGUACAGUGUGUGUGUGUGUGUGUGUGUGUGUGUGUGUGUGUGUGUGUGUGUGUGUGUGUGUGUGUGGUUUAUGUGCCGCUCAUAUCAUUGUGGCGACCGUGAAAGGUUGGGGGUCAACAUCAUUCACCCUCGACUUGUUCCACAGUGUUUUGCAGUGGUCAGCUUGUCUCUGUUGUUUGAAUAAAACGUUGUUUUCACAA